AUGGCCAUCUCCAACCGGGAUAGAGCAUUGCAAUUAGACUCCUUCUUUCUUCCAUCGGGGUCAACGGCUCACGACCAACUCCAGCCAAAAACGAACUGGCUCAAAGAGCCGGAAUUCCCGUCGCCCGACGAAAUACUUUCCAACUCAGCGCCUAAAUUGCUGUGCAUUGAUAAUGCCGAUAUUACGUCAAAGCAAGAAUAUCUGGAGAAGCAUUACCGCAUGCAGCGGUAUGAGGCGAUCGAACCCACCAGAUUCGCCGUGAGCGAGUUUUGCAAAAACCCGACCAUGGGGGAAGGGGAGCUGGCGUAUAUUUACAGCAGAGUUCAAAUGCAAGGAGUUGUACUGACGGCGCACGGUGCUGCCCACCGAGCCUCGUUCUCGACGGACAGAUGCAGCGACACGCCGGUGGACUGGGCCAACUCUGGCCGACUCUGCCAAGGCUCUCUUGUUGUAUUAUCACCUGUAGAGGAUGCUUUCAGGUCAAAGUGCCUGGUCGCUAUCGUCGCGUAUCGGUUUCUCUUGGGCGGUUUGUGGCCGAACCUAGACGCGGAGCCUCCGGAGCCUGAUGACACGCCACCUAGAAUCGAUUUGUACUUUUCCAGCUGGACCGAAAAGCUUCUUGACCCAAACAUCAAAUACUUCAUGCUUGAAAGCAAGAAUGGAUACUUUGAGUCCUUCCGUCACACCAUGAGGGCCCUACAAACGGCUGCAUCCGAGAAAUCGCUACUAGACAAAUACGUGUUGGCGAAUAGUGCGAGCGAGAUCACGACUGAAAGCCCUGUUGUAAACCUUCGCUCACAAACACGAAAUACCCUUGAUAAGUCGCAAGCCGCCGCCUCCAGAGCCAUAAUUGGCCGGGAACUCGCCAUUGUGCAAGGUCCUCCCGGAACGGGCAAGACACACACAACUGUCAUAACUAUAGAAGAGAUACUACGUCAGUUCAAUCCGACCAAGCCGAUCAUUGUUGCCGCUGUAACAAAUCAUGCACUGGACCAACUUCUUCAGCGGUGUCUCCUGAGGGACAUCGUGAUCUGCCGCUUAGGCGGCCGCACAGUCUCGGAAACAAUAGAGGAGCAUUCUUUGUGUAAGACUCGAGAAAGAAAUAAAGGCACUGUUCCAGGGAUUGGACUACCAGGUGCUGUGUAUCGUGAUUUUGAAACCGCACUUCAAGUACUCGAGUUCCAUCUCAAGAAGUCCUUCCAGGGCCCGCUGAGCUACGACGCAAAGUUGUUCAGGGACGCCAAAAUCAUCACUGCUCAGCAAUUUGAUUCUCUUCAAGAUAAGGAUUGGGAGACCUUGGCUGAAGUCAAUCCCCUGUUGGUAUGGCUUGGCUGGGAACACUUCGGGACAUCGUCAGCUGAGGUAUCAAAAGCCAAGCUCGGGGAGAAAUGGAAGGCCAACAACAAAGAUAAAGGAAAGGAUGACGAGGAGCCCAAAAGACGGCUUCCAGAUCCCGACAAGCCAAUAGGGCCGUUCAUUCCGUUGCGCGAAUGUUCAGACCGCCCAGCUGCACGUCUCAAAAGCAUGCUGGCUCGCAACCGCGAUCUAUACAAAAUCAAAGCUCAGCAUCGUGAGGAAUUAUUCAACUACAUGUGCCACGAACUGGCCAAGGAAAGCCAAGCAAAACUUCAAGAGUCGUUCAACAAAUUUCAGGUCGCCUGUCAACGGUUGCAAAAGCACAAAAUAGAUCGUGACAACCGCGUCGUGGCAAGAACCGGGGUUCAAGUCCUUGGGUGCACCAUCACUGGCUUAUCUAAAUAUCGACAAUUACUCUCCAUGAUUGGCCCUGAUGUGCUUAUCAUUGAUGAAGCAUCAGAGGCAACGGAAGGCAGCAUUGCAGCCGCACUGCUUCCAUCGCUCAAACACCUGGCCUUGAUCGGUGAUCACCAACAGUUAACGCCUCGUCCUAUCACCCAAGCCCUCACGCACCCAAUCUUUGCCUUGGACAUGUCCUUGUUCGAACGACUAGUCACAAAGAAUGAAAUGCCCUACAUCAUUCUCAAUAUGCAGCGACGCAUGAUUCCUGAGAUUCGACAGCUAGUCAACCUCUUCUACCCGGAUCUUCGGGAUCAUAGCAGUGUGAUGAAGCGCGAAGCGGUAAAGGGGCUCGGGCCAGCCCUGUGGUGGUUUAGCCAUGCUUGGCCAGAACAAACUAACUCAGGUGCUUCUGGUCACAGCAUCUGCAACAAUGAGGAAGCCGAUAUGAUUGUGCACUUUGCCAGAUAUCUUUUCCGCUGCGGUACCCCCGUCGAAAAGCUCACUAUUUUGACUUUUUAUACUGCGCAACAGGAGCUCAUUCAAUCAAAGCUCAGCAUGCACAGUCUUGGGUCAAACAUUUGCAAAACUGUCGACAGUUUCCAGGGAUGCGAGAAUGACGUGAUUCUUCUGUCCGUUGUUCGCAGUCCGCAUCCAGGACGAGGUCCAAGAGUCGGUUUUAUCGAAAACUUACAUCGUGCAACAGUAGCGUUGAGCCGAGCUCGGAAUGCCUUCUACAUCUUCGGCAAUGCUGAGAGCCUGAAAGGCAGCGCAACUUGGGAUCCUGUUCUCGAUGCUCUCGGUCCGUUGAAAGAGGACCGCUUGCCCCUGGUGUGCCCCAUCCACAACACAAUAGCCUUCAUCCGCUGCUCAGAACAAUGGCCCUCGCUUUCGGGAGAGGGGGGUUGUCGCGGGCAAGGGUGCGAAACCGAUGAAGGCAGCGAAAACAAAAUCGUAAGCAAAAUCGUUGGGAUGCAAAAAGCCAAGACUCAGAUUCCAGAACGUGUCGUGCCUCUUCAACGGCCAUUCAUUCCUGCCAAGGCUGCUUUGAAGCUCGACAAGGCUACACUUGACUCAGUGGAUAGCGCGACGUCGCGGCCAAGAAUUAGUGUUGACAGAAGCUCUUUGGCAAGCCUUAGCCAAGACAGCACUGCACACAGUAGUGACGACGUGAUUGAGAUGGGUUAUGAUGCGUAUCUUGCAGAGUUUGAAGAGUUGGCGGUUAGUGCAAGAUACGAGAUGUUGCGGGGGCAGCUUUUGGAUUUGGAAAAGUCCGAAAUGGACCAGGUAAAGGAGGAAGUGGCGGUGGAAGUGGUGGAAGCCAGUCGCGAUCUCAUUAACUUCGAUUAG